AUGAAGUCCUCCUUUCUCCCUGCCCUCGCGGCCAUCACCCCGGCCCUUGCCGGCUUCGACACCUGGGCCCCUGCUGGGCCCUAUGAGGUUCGCGGCCCCUGCCCCAUGCUCAACACCCUCACGAACCACGGCUUCCUCCCCCACGAUGGCCGCAACAUCUCCCGCGAGGUGACCGAGAACGCGCUGUUCGACGCCCUCAACAUCAACAAGACCCUCGGCAGCUUCCUGUUCGACUUUGCCAUCACCACCAACCCGAUCGAGAACGCCACCACCUUCUCGCUCAACGAUCUCGGCAACCACGGCGUGCUCGAGCACGAUGCCAGUCUGAGCCGCUCGGACGCCUACUUCGGCAACACCAUCAACUUCAACCAGAGCAUCUUCGACGAGACCCGCUCCUACUGGGUCGGCGACACCAUCAACAUCCAGAUGGCCGCCAACGCCCGCCUGGCCCGGUUCAAGACCUCUAUGGCCACCAACCCUGACUUCUCCAUGUCCGAGCUCGGCCGCAACUUUGGCUUUGGCGAGUCGGCUGCCUACAUCGUCGUGAUUGGUGACAAGGAGACGGGUACCGUGCCGAAGGCUUGGGUUGAGUGGGUUUUCCAGCACGAGCAGCUGCCUCUCCACCUGGGCUGGAAGCGCCCCGCGGGGCUCUUCCAGGAGGAUGACUUGGGUCGGUGGAUGGACGAGCUUGAGCGUGUCACCAACGCCACUGAGAGCGGUGAAGGCUGCCCGGUUGCUAAGCAGGCGAGGCGUGGUGCCCGCCCUCCUAGGUCCCACUUUGGGUUUUAA